AUGCCACUGCUGCCACAGUCAGAGGCAGAGCAUUUUGACGGACUAUCCCUACUCUACUGGACAAUCAUGGGCCCCCAUGGUAUUAACCGGGCUGUGCAAAGACUUGAAUUCUCUGACUGCAGACAAGGACUCGGUGUUAAGAUCAUUGGAGGUUACAAAGAGCUGAGUGGUGAAGAGUUCGGCAUUUUUAUUAAGCGAGUGUUACCAGGUGGUGUGGCUGCACAGGAUGGACGACUUAAAGCCGGUGACCUUAUUUUAGAUGUCAACAACGUGAAUUUAGGAGGAGUAACAAAUGAAAGGGCAGUGGAGAUCCUGCGCACGGCUUCAGCCACAAACCACAUGUCUCUUCUGAUUGCUCGAGAUGAAGAGUCCAGGAGAGAAUUUGCUGAACUUAUGGAAAAAUAUGGCUCCAAUAGCAAUACCAGCUCAGCGUUUGACAAGAUUUCCCCUGUUCCUCAAUCCACAGGCAAGCUUACUGACACUGCUUCAUCGUCAUCAUCAUCUAGAUCAACAAGUCCUCAGAUUUUGAGCCCUAAAGACUGUAGCACUGCUUCAGUUAUUCCUCAGGUCUGCAGUGACUGCAUGAUUCAGAUGAUAUGUGUUGCAAAGGGAACAGGCCUGGGCUUGGUCAUAAAAGGUGGUGCAAACCGUGCAGAGGGGCCAAUGGUGUUCAUUCAGGAAAUCGUUCCUGGAGGUGAUUGCCAAAGGGAUGGAAGACUAAAAGCAGGAGAUCAACUCAUAUCAAUCAACAAAGAGUCUCUAAUAGGAGUGACACAUGAAGAGGCUAAAAGCAUACUUACCAGAACAAAACUCAGACCUGACCCCACAGUGGAAAUUGCAUUUAUCAGACGAAGAUCUUCUUCUGGAUCCAGCAGUGGCCCCCAAAGCCCCAUUUCCCUGCAGCCCAUGCUCAGUCCAGGUUCCCAGCUUAGACCACUAGCCCUGAGUGGUGUAACUAUACCUGUAGGGCUUGUACCCAGGAUGUCCCCUAACCACAUAUCUGGAAGUGAGACACUGCCUUCUGUCAAGCUGACUCAGGUUCGAGCAUUACCAGUGAAGUCAGAGCUUUCUUCUGUCACUACAUCUGAAAGUGCCUGCACCACUGUUUACAAAUCUGAUGCCACUGCUGCCUGUAUGCCCAGUGUUACUCCCACAGCCUCCCAGUUAAAGCCCCCCUCACUUACUUCUAGCAGUCGAAUUAAAACAGAGCAGCUAGAGCAGGUUCUGGAGGCGCUGGGGCUAAAGCCAACUGAAUUUCAGCUUCAGACUCUGAGGGAAAGACUCCAGGUGGACCAGGAGAGAACAGUGGCCUAUAGAGAUUUUAUGACUCUGACAAAGGAACUCUUCAGGUUGACUCUUCAGGUUGAGUCAAGACUGGGACUGCAAACAUCUCAACUCACAAAUGAAGAUCUUAGUGACUCCUCAUCAAACCCUCCAGUUUCUACAUCUGACUCUGAUGACCUUGAUGAGACUGAGCGACUAAGAAAAGAUCACAGUGAAGCCUUAAAAUAUAUAAAGCGACUGCAGGAUAAGCUGACAGAGUCUGAGAGAUAUUGUAAUGAAAUGCAGCAGGAGCUGUCUAAAGUCAAACAGAAUGCAAAAUCUGCAGUGGAUGAGGCCAGAGCUCUGCAGGCACAGAUUCACCUGGCUGAGGCAGCAAAGAAGCAGGCGCAGGGGUUGGAAAUGGACCAUGAAGAGGUGAUUCACCUCCUGGAGGAGGAAAUAGCAGAGAUGAAGUCUCAGAGAGUGGAGAAACUUGGCCAGUCCAAGGAAGAUUUGAAGAAAAUGGCUUUGCUUAAGUGCCAAUUACGAAAAAGCGAAGUUGUGAAGAAAGGCUUUGAGGUGUCUACUCUCAAUCUUCUGCACUUUGUCCAGAAAAUUCAAGACUUUCUAACAGAGAACCAAGAAUCUUUUGGGACUUGUAGUUCUCAAAGAGAGUCAGAGCUGGGUACAUCGCUUCAACCCUCAGCCUCUCAAAGUGGAAAUAAAGUAUUUCAGACAGCAUCCACUCUUGUCUCGGAGGCCAAGGAACUGAUUUGCACUGUUAGAGCCACUGUAGAAGUCGACUGCUUACCGUACGGCUGGAAUGAAGCUUAUACUGCAAGUGGAGUCAAAUACUACAUCAAUCAUCUAACUCAGACGACUUCAUGGACUCAUCCUGUGAUGAACACCCUGGGUCUGUCUGAAACAGAAACAAAUGAAGUCCAUGGGUUAGACCAAGCCUUACAACACCAGAAUCGUCUAGUGUAGCAUCUCUUUUUUAAAGGAACAUGCUGUAAAAGAAAAGAAAUACAAACUAUUGCAAUAAAUGUAUAAAAGUCAAGUUUUAAUAGGUAUGUAAUGGUUAGACAUUGUUUUUAUUUUAAUAUGUAAAAGGAUAG